AUGUUCGACGAUUCAGACGGUGCGUCAUCUGAAGAUGAUAACUUCAGCUCAUACGGUGAGUCUCCUACAGAUGACGAAGAUUCACCAACGCUACCUCCGAAGAAGAUAUAUCAGAACUUCUCAAUGAGUGGAUCUAAAGGGAAUCUGGAGGUUCUAUGUUUGAAGAUGUCGUCGAUAGACAUUGCGAUGGACUAUUGGAAAUCACACCGGUCGCUGAAAUUUCCAAGGGAAAUCGAUGAGGGAACACCUGAGUGUGGGUUUGAAAGCUUGCCUUCUUACUUAUACAUGAUAAGAAGGGUAAAUCCGAGUACAGUUACGCGUCUUCAUAUCGAUGAGCUUGGAAGAUUCAUGUAUGUGUUUCUUGCCUUUGGUGCGAGCGUUAAUGGGUUUCCUUUCAUGCGUAAAGUUGUUGUAGUCGACGAUACGUUUCUCAAUGGUAAAUACAAAGGGACUCUACUCAUAGCACUAGCUCAGGACGGUAACCUCCAGAUUUUUCCAAUAGCCUUCGAAGUGGUUGACACAGAAAAUGAUGAUUCGUGGCAUUGGUUUUUUACGCAACUAAAACUUCUGAUUCCUGACGACGAGGGUCUUGCGAUAAUCUCGGACAUGCAUAACUCUAUAGGAAAAGCAAUUAGAAAUGUGUAUCCGUUGGCUGCUCGGGGAAUAUGCACCUACCAUUUAUAUAAGAACAUAUUGGGACGGUACAAAGGAAAAGAAGCAUUCCGUCUGAUGAAGAAAGCGGCGAGAUGUUUUAGGAUGUCUGACUUUACUGCGAUUUUCGAGGAGAUUGAAGCGAUUCAUCCUGCACUCCACGGCUACAUCCAAAGAGCUGAUGUCCGCAUGUGGACGCGUGUUCAUUUCCCGGGCGAGAGGUACAAUUUGAUGACUACAAACAUAGCGGAAUCAAUGAACAGAGCAUUGUCGCAUGCUAGAGGUCUAAACAUUGUUCGAAUAUUAGAAACGAUACACGUUAUGAUGACCAGAUGGUUUGCUGAACGGAGAGAGGAUGCCAGACUGCAGCCAACGACGCUUACGCGUGGUGUCGAGAAACUACUACAUUAUUUUCAUGGUAUUCCAAGAGAAUGGGUUCAGAGGUUAGGGAAACUAGUGCGAUCUGUGAAAUGGGGAUGGGGUUGGUGGCAUUCUGAUGAGUUCCGCCAAAAUAGGGCGCUGUUCAUUUCAAAGUUUGUUCUGUCGUUCUACAGAUGCCAAUGUGCAACACAUGUGUGGCGACAAUGUCUCUGCUUGUGGCACCUUGAUAUGACUAAGGAUGACAACAUGUGUGAGCGUUGUUUCUAG